AUGCAAGCGUCCCAAGAAGAAGAGAUACCAACACCCGGCGAGCGUCAGAAAACCGUCGCCCAACCUCCCCUUACGCGGGAUCAAUACCGCAUACGCAAGUUGACUAAGGAGAACACGAAACUCAGAUGGGAAGUCAAGGAAAGGGAUAGCAGGAUCUCUUCGCUGGUAGAAUGUCAAGAUGCUUUGAAGGAAGACUUGGCUGCUGAAAAGAAGAAUGCGAAGGCCUUCAGAGAGCGAUUGAUAUUCGAGAAGCAGGACGUGGAUGACUUGGAAACGGAGUUGCGAGCUGUGAGGAGGAAACUGAACAGCCUGCGUGUGUCACUUCUUGAUACUGACGACGAGCGUAAUUGGUCCGACUGGGAGGUGGAUGAACAGAAUGAGGAGUAG